AUGCCCCCACGUGCAGAAUGGACUCGGCGCUUUCUCCCUCGAGCCGCGGGCGCGCCCCCCAGUCGACGCCUGGCAUCGUCGCGCCGCACAGGAGACGCCCACCUGUCUGCGCCUAAGCGCUCUCUCUCACUGCCCACUCUGUCCGUAGCGGUUGGGGCUGGCGCGGCGGCGCUAGCGCUGACUUCGCCCCCCGACAGUGCGCGGCGGCUUCACAGCACGGCACUAUUGGGAGCUUUGUGGGGAGAGAUUCUGCGCCGUGGCGGGCUGCAGGCGGCGCAAGACGAGCUGCUUGAGCGUCUGCUGUCCUGCAUCCUCCGCCUCGAAGACGACAAACAGAGCCAAGAAACGCUGCGAUUCCUGGUAGAACGAGGUGUUUUGCCUCUGCUUGUUCAGUACACAGCCUGGAACAAGCCCACGGAGCCGAGAAGACUGCAAGAACUGGUGCACAGCCUCAUUAAGUUGCUAGAUGCAGCUGCAAACAAUGGUCAGACAGAGUUACAACUGUCGCUGUUGACGCUGGCGCAGACGCUCGCCCACCUCCAUCAACAGCGGGACGAUACCGUGAGCUACGUUGAUAUGCUGCAGCUCGGAGACGCUCUGGCCAAGGUGCAGCAAUUGGCGCACCGAAUACUGGAGGAGGGGGCAGACGCAUCUCGAGCCUUUACGGUGUAUCGCUCGGAGCUAGCGGAUUCAGAACGAUCUCGAGUAGCGGAGAGCUGCGCCGCGCUGGCGGAGCUGUGCUCACCGGAAAUGCCUGAUUCUAUGAAGAAGUUUGGACUGUGGGCACUGAGCACGCUUGCGCAAGCUAUGGGCCAAGAAGAUUCGAGCGCUCUACGUGCGCAGCAACUUGAAGCGGUAUUAGGACCAAAAUUUGCGACGAUGUUGCUGGAGUUACCGCGAUCUGGUGACGAUGACAACUUACAGUUGCAGGCUGCUACACUGCUUGACAGGUUGCUGCAUAUUGCUCGACAAAACCCGGCGUCUGUGUCGCGUGGUACGUACGAACUUUGGAUGAAACAAAUUCGCUAUUGGACUGGGAUAAAACGAGCCGAACGAGAGUCAAACUCUAAGAAAAAGCGUGGCCAAAGGCUUCGCCUUCAACUCCAGCUGAUUAGUUCACGCUGCCUACGCACACUCACGGCGUCCCCGCAGAGUCGGCGUUACGUUUGUGAGUCUCCGACGACAAGAGCGGCACUUUUCGGCUUAUCGCGUCAAAUCCAUGAACGGAAGCAAGAUAUCUGGGCUAUGAUUGACACGGACAACGCAAGGGACAUGAUGGAGAUUCAGCGCCACUUGUCAUGGACGUUUCGCAACAUUUGCACAGGCUUCCAGAGCGGCGCAAUCGCUCUCAAUUGCUUGUUCGACGCUUCUUGGACAGCCUCGCUGUUGCAGUCUCGCCGAGAUCUGCCCAUGUCUCGCUUCUUCAGGGGAGUGAACGAUCUCACCGACUUGCCCAUCAUAGGCGCGGAAGAAUAUGAGGCCAGUGUCGAGUUCGGUUGGGUCGACAUUCUGACGGCUUGGAGUGCUAGUGCAGACCACCAAGUGCGUGAGAACGCCAUUGCGAGCCUGGUGCAUCUGGCUGAGCAGAAGCAACCACCCCCGACAGGAUUGGUGUCGGAGGAAGAGGAAGAAAUUCGCAACAAACAAGAGCACAUCCUGCAGGCUUGGCUCACUAACAUGCUCCAGCAAAUGCGUCUACUUUCGAGCGGAGAAAUGCUUGCAGUGAAGCAGAUGGAGGAUAUCGCCCACGUCUCGAAAGAAUUGACUCCGGGAAAUGAGCGGAUUUUAUUUAACCCUGCAGUGGUCGAUGCUGGCACUUCAGCUUUGGCAGUGCUGGUAGAGCAUCACCACACAGAGUUAGUGCAACAAGGUAUUGUGCCGUUGGUGGCUUUGCUGUCGGCAACUAGGGCAGCCACGCCUGCGCAACACACACAGUGCGCUCGGGUAUUAGCGAACCUAGUUGCUAGCUAUUGUCUUGAUAUCGACCCACGGAGCUCGGCGCCCUCCACGGAUCCUACUCGGGCUGUAGUUUCCAGCGAUCACGUCAACAUCUCUAAACUGCUUGGGCAGACGGUGUCUGGGAAGCAAUUUCUUGGAGCUAUCAAUCGCUGGCGCGAGAUUGAGGACCCAAUGCAGCGCUCGAAUUACUUUCGCGUCGUCCAAAACCUCCGCGCGUAUGACGAAGUGGUGAUCACUGGCCAUCUUGUCAAGGACGUGUAUUGCGAAGGCGUGCACCCAAUUGUUUCGCGAAGUGACUCAAGCGAGGUGGAUGAAGCUAUGGAUGAUGAAAGUACUGCACCAGUCGUCGAUGUGGUGUUCGUGCACGGUCUACGCGGUCAUCCAUUCGGCACAUGGCGCACUCAUAUGGGCAACAAGCUAGAAGGUAGCAACGACAUUUGGCCGGACGUGUUACUUGCGGAAGAUUUGCGGCGCAACGGCGUACCUGCGCGUUUGGUGACGUUGGGCUACGAGGCUGGCAUGGUGAGUUGGUCGAGUCCGUGGCCCUCGCUCACUUUGCAGGAGCGUGCGCGUGUCAUGGUGUCGGCUCUGUACGCUGCAAAUGUUGGUCGCGACCGACGCCAUUCGGACGGACCUGCUCGUCCCGUUGUGUUCAUCACCCACUCUAUGGGCGGACUGCUAACCAAGAAGAUGCUGCUAGUCGAGCGUGAGCAACGCGAUCGAUCUGGCCUUGCAGACAGCACGAAAGGAGUCGUGUUUCUCGCUGUGCCUCACUUUGGCUCCGAUCUAGCCAAGGGCGUGCGCUCGGAGUCCAUUAGGAAGCUGAUCCAGACACACCCGGCCAUCGAAGACCUUGGUGCGGACCCGAACGGCCGUCUUAAGGACCUCAACGAGAGCUUCAAAGACUUGGGUAUCGACUGCCUCAGCGUAGGCGAGGAGCGCGCUGCUCCAGUGGCGCUUGGGCUCUCCGCUGUCGUCGUGAAGCCCGAGUCGGCCGACCCAGGCGUCGGUCGCUUCUACGUGCUCCCGGACUCAGACCACAUGACUAUCUGCAAGGCCAAAAGCCGCGAGGAGCCCUUGUACCAGGACGUCCUCGAGUACAUUGUGCGGCAUGCGGUCUCGUAGCUUGCCGCGAUGUCAGAUGACACCUCUGAGGGCCACAAAUUGCUAU